GAUUUGUUGUCGCACGCGUUCUCGGUACACAAGCUCGCGUGCACGGGUUCGUAAUCUCAUGCUAGCAAAUCGGCACCCUCCGCGUGCGCCUGUUAGCUGCUGUAAAGCGUUUUCCAGUCUGUGCCCUCUGUGAAACCCCUGUGGUCCUGCCCCCAAGACUGUGAGCUGAAUUCUGAUUGGAGGAAUGGAGUGCCAGUCUGUCCUGCACCAGUGAUCAGGUCAGGAGACUCCGUUGGUGACAUCCUGUGGAGCCAGAGAGCAAAUGUGAAGAGAGAGGAGAGCCUGUCCAUUAGAGGAGCUGAAGAGCUGUCCACAGUGAAUGCGGGCCUUUUGUUGGGAUUGGGUGCGUUUCAGUGGAGAGGGCGAGGAGGCUGUUUCACCACCGCUGGAACUGAAGAUUGCUUUAAAUAAGCAAGUCCUUGUAGAAGGAGUGUGUGCACAAUCAACAACAGUCAAGACAGUCUGAACGGAGGUGUUUUUUUGUGAUAUGGAAGUCUCCCUAAGCCUUCGGCUGCGGCUCCAUUCUCAGAAUCAAGCGUGAAGUGAUUAGUAUUUUAUUGAUGAGUUCCUGAAGUGGCAAGUGUGGGAAAUUGGAUCUUUGAUCUCCUGGAGUUUUGGGAAAUAUAUCCUGAGUGUGUGGAGCUCUCCAGGUUUUUAAGUCAUGAUGCAAGAAUCUGGGACCGAGGCGACGAGCAACGGACCAGCAAAUCUAAAUGGAGGAGGAAGCGUGGACGGCGGGUCCAGGGAAGGACGGCCCAAGAGCACCACGCCAUCAAUGGAGGUGACUGCAGCUGAGCUCCUGCAUCUCCAGCAGCACCAGGCUCUCCAAGUAGCUCGGCAGAUACUCCUUCAGCAGCAGCAGCAGCAGCAGCAACAGCAACAGCAUCCCCAGUCACAACUGCAGUCUCAACCAAACACUGGCCGCAAAUCCCCCAAAGACAGCGACAAGCAGCAAAGCCUACAGGUUCCAGUGUCAGUGGCUAUGAUGACACCUCAAGUGAUAACUCCACAGCAGAUGCAGCAGAUACUUCAGCAGCAAGUCCUGAGCCCUCAGCAGCUCCAGGUUCUUCUCCAGCAGCAACAGGCCCUCAUGUUACAGCAGCAGCAACUCCAAGAGUUCUACAAAAAGCAGCAGGAACAGCUCCACCUCCAGCUUUUACAGCAGCAGCAGCAGCAGCAGCAGCAGCAACAGCAGCAGCAUGCAGGCAGCAAGCAGAGCAAAGAGCAGCAGGUGUCUGCACAGCAGUUGGCCUUUCAGCAGCAGCUCCUGCAGGUCCAGCAGGUCCAGCAGCAGCAUCUGCUCAACCUUCAGAGGCAAGGGCUGCUCACAAUCCAGCCUGGACAGACCGGCCUGCCACUGCACUCCCUCACUCAGGGCAUGAUUCCAGCAGAGCUGCAGCAACUGUGGAAGGAGGUGACAAAUGCUCACGUGAAGGAGGAGCACAACAACAGCAGCAACAACGGCCACCGGGGCCUUGACCUGUCAUCCCCGGCCCUGCCAAAGAACCCACUCCUCAACCAGCAUGCCUCCACCAACGGGCAGUACAUGAGUCACAAGAGAGAAGGAUCCACACUAGAAGAACCUUCCCACCACAGCCACCCUCUCUAUGGUCAUGGGGUUUGCAAGUGGCCUGGAUGUGAGGCAGUGUUUGAUGAUUUCCAGUCAUUCCUCAAGCAUCUUAACAAUGAGCACGCACUGGAUGACAGGAGCACUGCCCAGUGUCGGGUGCAAAUGCAGGUCGUACAACAGCUGGAGCUGCAGCUAGCUAAAGACAAAGAGCGUCUGCAAGCUAUGAUGACGCACCUUCAUGUCAAGUCCACAGAGCCCAAAGCCACCCCACAGCCGCUCAACCUAGUGUCCAACGUCACAUUGUCCAAAUCAGCCCCUGAGGCCUCUCCCCCUCUGAGCCUGCCGCAGACCCCCACCACACCCACAGCGCCCCUCACACCCCUGUCCCAGACCCACUCCGUCAUUACCGCCAACAGCCUCCACAGCGUGGGCCCCAUGCGACGGCGCUACUCAGAAAAGUACAACAUGCCCAUCUCUCCAGAUCUCAGUCAGAACAAAGAGUUUUACAUGAAUGCAGAUGUCAGGCCGCCGUUUACGUACGCCUCACUAAUAAGACAGGCAAUCCUUGAAUCUCCAGAAAAGCAGCUAACACUAAACGAAAUCUACAACUGGUUCACACGAAUGUUUGCAUAUUUCAGGCGCAACGCAGCGACGUGGAAGGGUGCCAUUCGCACCAACCUUUCCCUGCAUAAGUGCUUUGUGAGAGUAGAGGAUGAGUUUGGGUCCUUUUGGACUGUUGAUGAUGAGGAGUUUAAGCGUGGCCGCCACAUUCAGCGAGGUCGCCCUCGGAAAAACGCCGCUGAUGAGAACUUUGACGAGCUGCUUGUACAAAGUCCGGCCUUAGUGAAGAACAUUCAGACCAGCUUGGGCUAUGGUCCGACCCUCUCUGCUGCCUUCCAGGCUUCAAUGGCAGAAAACAACAUACCUCUAUACACUACUGCUUCCAUUGGAAGUCCCACCCUCAACUCCCUGGCCAACGCCAUCCGUGAGGAGAUGAAUGGAGCGAUGGACCAUGGAAACAGCAACGGCAGUGACAGCAGCCCGGGACGCUCGCCCCUGCCAGCUAUGCAUCACAUCAGCGUUAAGGAGGAACCACUGGACCCCGAAGACCACGAAGGGCCCCUCUCCCUGGUAACGACUGCCAAUCACAGUCCGGAUUUCGAUCACCACAGAGAUUACGAUGACGACCAGGGCCACGACGACAUGCUGUAAGGCUAGCGCCGCCCCUCCCCAGCCUCAGCGGCAGAGGCAGUCUGGGUCAUCUGGGAGACAGAAACGCUCCGCAGAUAACAAACACUGAACUGCAGUCUCAGCCACUGAUGACAGCUCUCAAAUGUCUCAAAGUUAACUUUUUAGUGCCAUUACAAUACAUAGCAAGAACACACACACAAAAAAACACAAGAAUACAUGAGGGAUUUUUUUUUCUGAUUGCUUUCUACUUUUGAUUUAAGUAAAGCUUAAAAAGCGAAAACAAACUUCAUUUCUAUGCCUCAUGUGUCGGAUGGAAUUGUUUGGUACGGGGCCGACAUGUUCGUGGUCAGAGACCCUCGCCGCGCAGCCAGGACGGACUGCACUCAGCAGACUGCAAGAGGGGCUGUGUCUCUCCCCCACCCACCCCCCCUCCACUCUCUCUCUCUCCCUCUCUCAGACACACACGUCUGACCACAGACUCACAAGAGAGAGAGAAUGACUGGCGUUUAAUUUACAUCGUGUGUGUGUGUGUGUGUGUGUGUGUGUGUGUGUGUGUGAGAGAGAGCGAGUGUGGACUUCUGUUCAUUGUCACUGCCUUCAACACUUCUCAUUGGUUUGAUUCCAUUUGGGGUGGGAGGGAUGUUGCUUUUAUCGGUGUCUUUUUUGUUGGGGGUUGAGAGGUUAUAGAAUAUCAACAUGUGUCUUUUCCAUUCAGUGCUGUUAUUGAUGUUGCAUCGUUUUCUCUUUUUUUUUGUUUCUGAUCAGACCUCAUGCCCAUGCUGUGGAGAUUCGGUGUUGUCAGCACAUGAUGAUGAAUGUUUAUGAUUUCCUUUCAUGUUGUUCUUUUAAACACAUACAUGAAGCAGAAUGUCAGAUACCAAGUAGUAUUUUUCUGUCAUUUAUUCCACGAUCUUAAAAAAAAAAAAAAGAAAGUCACCACUCUGAAAUGUAGCCCGCCACUCAUCCCCUCCUUCCUCUUCCUCCUCCUCCUCCUCCUCCUGCUCAUGAAGUCCAUUGGCAAUGCACUACUCAUAAUGAAGGCUCUCUCCACGCAUCAAUGAAGUUUAAUUUAAGAUGCGAAUGAAUGACAGAGAAAUCAUGCAGGUUAUGAUUUAUCCUUAUGAAAUUAUACUUUAAAACAGCCCCUCACGGCAGAGCAUGUUGAGCUGCAACAGAAUUUCUGAUCACUUACAAAGGUUUUAUAAAGCAAAAUGAAAAUGUCAGGUGUGCACCGGCGAGAUAAUGAUUUAGACCAACUAAUUGUGAUUCCUGAACACAACUGUCAUUGUUAAUCAAACGUGUCUGCUUUUCCACACUGUAAUUCCAUUCAGUGCAGUGAAGAUAAACGUGCAUUCCCUGUAGUUUUAUUUGUAUCACGCGCAUGACUAGUUUUAAGUUUUAGUGAGUGUUAAUAAUUGCACAGCGGAUGAAAUGCUUAUUUUCUUUCAUCGAGGGAAAAAAUCCCAGGACUUGCAAUAAGACCUAAACAUUGCACAUUCCAGCAUUUGACAGCCAUCAUAAAGGGCCCAAAUAUAUAGUACAUGUCAUUUAGGGAAUGUGGAUACCUCGACGUUCAGUGUCACCCAAAAAGCCGAAGUCCACAACAUUGAACCGAGUGGAAUCCACAUGCAGCAACAAAAAUUCCAGCUUUGGUAGGGAGUUACAUUUUAAAGAAACCAUGCAUUUUCAAGACUGCAAUCAACCACUUUUAAUUUUGUAUUUAUUAUUAUUUUAUGUUUUAUUUGGCUUUUGUUUUAGUUGUCGAUGUUGAUGUUUUAAUAUCUUGUUCUGUGACUACCAAAGAUAAACUACAAAGUCAAUGUUGUGUGUUCCAUGCAAUAGCAGAUAAGGCCAAAUAUCUCUCCUCCAUUCUCUCCCAUUGGACGGUCUCAGCAGCUGCGAUCAAGCUGGUGGCACAUUGAAUCGAGGGAAAUGCUCCGCAAACUGGUGUUUUCAUUAAUUCUUCUAAAAAACCAAAGGGGUGUCUUGAACAGGACAGCUGCAGUAAUGUUUGCAGUGACCAAAACUGAAUGGGAGGCGCUGAGAGUCUGACUACAUGAUGACCAAAUUAGGGAAACUUUUGUCUUUGGGCCAGUGAGUGGAAAAGGGAGCUUUUUGGUCAGGAGCAGAUUUGUGUACAACAUAAAGGGUAUGUAGAGAAUAUAAAUGUAUACUGGUAAAUGGGAAAAGCUUUGCAGAGAACAAUGUGAAACGGAUUCUAUACUUCAACUGGACCACACAAUGAUUCAAUGUUUCUCUUCUUUUAUUCCUUAUUCGUUUGUAUCCUUUGAAAUGAUUGUAUGCCACUUUUUAGGGGUUUGAGCGUCUUUGUUAAGAUUGGCAAGACGUUAUGAUUGUGUUUAGUUUCUGUCAACGUAUUACUUUUUAUAUUAAAAAACACUCCUGUCAACUAAUAAGCUGGGUACAAGGUA